AUGCCGUACCAGCUCACUCCGGCCCAGCUCGAGCUUCAAGCAGCCAGAAGAGCCGCAAAGCUAGCUGCAAAGGCCAAUCCGAAAGCGGCGCCAAAGCUGUCAUCAGAGGAGCUUGAGCGGCGUCGGAUUCUGAAGAGGGAUUGGGUCCAGGUCGGUCAGAGCGAUUCUAAGCGGCGCGUGAGGAUCGUGACAUGGAAUGUCCUCGCCCAGACUCUUGUCCGUCGAGAGCUGUUUCCCGGAUCUGAUUGUCUCAAAUGGGGCGAGAGGAAGCCGAUGCUUCUAGCUGAACUUGAGCGUCACUCCUCAGCAGACAUAAUCUGCCUUCAAGAAUGUGAUCGACUAAAGGAGUUUCUCCCUGCCAUGCCGGAUCACUCGUACAUUGAAGCUUUUGGCCCCAACAAGAAGCACGGUCUUUUGAUCUUCUUCAGACGAUCUCGUUUCCGAGCUCGAUCACAGAGGACCGUAUAUCUUGACGAAGAGGAGCUCUCUCCUUACACCGCCGUGAAUGGGAAUGCCUCGAUCAACGGUCAAGACAAGCAGCCGUCGUCAAGCUCAAAGGGAGAUGCUGCUCCUGGAGACAUCGGUCGAAGACGCGGUGGCAGCCGUUGUACGAGGAAUGUUGGUCUCGUAGUUGCUCUUGAGUCAGUGGACGCUCUGGAUCAAGGCAUAGUCAUUGCCACAACUCAUCUAUUUUGGCAUCCGAAGUUCAGCUACGAACGUAUACGACAGCUAAUUGUCCUCGCUCGCGCGAUCCAGACCUUCAAGCAGAAUGAAGUUCGUACGCCUUGGCCAACGAUACUUGCCGGAGAUCUGAAUAUGACACCAUGCGAAGCUACUUAUCAGCUGAUCACUAGUCCAUCGCAAGCCUUGCCACAGGAGCUCGUCGACGAAUUCGAGACGUCUCGACUGGUCCACACUUCGGUCGACAAGGCUCUCUCUCAACUUGGGCCCGCGUCGGCCGAUCAGAUCCCUGCAAACGACGAUAACCCUUCAACAUCACCUCCUGCCGUAGAUCAUGACAACAAUGACGAGAAAGACGAUGACGGUGACGAUGACGAGCAAGAGCCUCCGGAUACGGACGAGCGAUCCGUAGCGGGAACCCGACACCCCGGACCCAACGAUGGGAUUUUGUCCUUCGAAUCACUUGUCCCUCAUCUCCGCGAGGUCUUACCUGAAGGCCUGUCGAGUGCAUAUGAUACUUCACGUUGGGUUUCCGGAAAUGAAGAGACCUUCGAGCGUCGUGGUGGGUUCAAGCGGCAUUUCGAAAACACUCCGGCAAGUCUCAAGGGGCAGAAUGAGCCGGGAUAUACGUGUUAUACACCGUUGUUCAAAUUGACUUUGGACUAUCUGCUCUUGUUCCCUGAUGAUCGUGUCGCCUUUACAGCCCUGCUUAGACCAGCACAAUCUGGUGAUCUCUCGGAGGGGUUGCCAAGAAAGGGUAUCUGUGCGAGCGAUCACUUGGCUGUGGGCUGUGAGCUGGCUUGGUGACGGUCCAGCCUGGAAAGCAUAUAAAAGCAUAUGGCGGACAUGCUGCUUCGGCCAAUGUACAAUGUUUCAGGAUUUGCAUACUUGAGUCACGAGUCUACCGACCGCGCCCCAGAAAAUCUCGUCAAGAGUCUGCGACACGGCGGCGCAUAAAUAACACGAGCUGAAAGACUGACUACGAUCCGUUAAGA